GACUUGUCUUUUUCUGAGGUGACAACAAAGAUGGCAGCGGGCUUACCUGUCAAAACUCUUGACAAUUUACGCGCUCACUUUCUUGAAGAUAAGAAAAACCACCUUGCACUCAAUUCCUGUGUGAAAUAUGGUCCUGAAGAAAUAUUGCAUUGUCGGAAAAACAACGAGCGUGUCAGUCAUAUAUUCAAUCACAAGGUGCCUGAGGUGAAGCCAGUGACAAAUCAAAAAUCAUCUGGCAGAUGCUGGAUAUUUGCUUUGCUAAAUGUUAUCAGACAACAAAGUCAAUGUAUCUUCAAUGUUGAAGAGCUGGAGUUUAGCCAAACACAUCUUUUCUUCUUUGACAAGAUUGAGAGGUCUCAUUUUCUGCUCAAGACAUAUGCAGACCUUGCUAAAGUGGGUGAAGAGCUUGAUGGCAGACUCUUGAUGUUUUUAUUAUCAAAUCCUCUUGAAGAUGGCGGACAGUGGAGUAUGUUGGUAAACCUUGUUGAGAAGUAUGGAAUUAUGCCAAAGGGGUGUUUUUCAGAUGCAUACAGUUCAACAAACAGUAGAGCCUUUGUUUUAAUGUUGAAUAACAAGUUAAGAGAGUUUUGCUACAGAUUGAAAGAGAUGGUAGUGGCAGGAAAAUCAGAUGUGUACAUUGAUGGGAAAAUUGAUUCCAUGAUGCAAGAGAUAUACAGAGCAUCUGCAAUUUGUCUUGGACUGCCACCGACUACUUUCACUUGGGAAUAUUACGACAAAGACAAAAAAUACCACUGCCUCAAGGACAUAUCUCCCUACACCUUUUAUCAUAAGCACAUCAAGCCAGUUUUCAAUCUUGAGGAUAAGAUUUGUCUUGUAAACGAUCCAAGGCCAAAACAUCAAUUUGGUAAAGUUUACACUGUAGAUUACCUCAAUAACAUGGUUGCUGGCAGACCGGUCGUGUAUAUAAACCAGCCUAUAGAGGUACUGCGAACUGCUGCUAUACGAUCAUUGAAAAACGACGAGCCUGUUUGGUUUGGUUGUGAUGUUGGCAAGAACCUUGUAAACAAAAAAGGUGCAAUGGAUUUGAGUGUGCAUGAUCACGAUUUGGUGUUCGGCUUCUCAAUGCUCGGUCUUAGCAAAGGAGAAAGACUUCUCGCUGGUGCAACUAUGAUGACGCAUGCUAUGGUGUUUAGUGGUGUGCAUAUAGAGGAGGAAUCAGAGGAGAGAAAAGAAGAGAUAAGUGAAGCACCAUGCAAAGUCUCAAGGUGGAGAGUGGAAAACUCAUGGGGAGAGGAGUCUGGAAACAAAGGCUAUUACGUAAUGACGGAUGAAUGGUUUGAUGAGCAUUUGCUAGAAGUGGUCGUAGACAAAAAGUAUCUUUCAGAUGACGUCAUCGAACUACUUAAGCAAGAUCCUAUAGUACUGCCAGCUUGGGAUCCGAUGGGAUCCUUGGCCUAAACUUAAUCAUACAUCAAUUUUUUUCGCUGUUGAACUUCUUGAAAUUAAAUUUGCUUUGAUAUCAUAUUUUUUUAACAGUAGAAAACUAUAUGAAUCAAUGAAAUUUACCCGAA